CGGUGCGAGUUGGCACGUCGGUCUGCUUUUUCAGUGUCGUCGUCUUCAGCCGGCUUGUUUGCUUCUGCCGAGGUGGCGACGGCGACACGUCCAGAGUCGCGAAUUUCAGUGUGCUGCGUGUGGCUUUAAAAUGACGGGGCUUCGCGUCGCGCUGGUCGCGCUGGUGUUUUUGUGCGGUUCGUCGCUGGCCGCACCCGACGUGAUCAGCCCUUCACUGCGGGUGAAGCAGGCUGACAGGUUAGUCGACCUGGCAUCGCAACUUGUCAAGAUCAACACUCAGAUGGUGUUUGAGAACACGGGCGCCGAGGCGGCUCGCUAUGUGAUCCUGGUCGUGGACGAGGCCCACACGGCCUCCAUGGCCUACAUCAACGCCAUCCUGGUGGAGCCCAACAAGGGGGGCGUCAAGCCCAUGAAGCUGGUGGAGACCACCGUCAAGGGCCAGGAGAGGAGCGGCCACCGCUUCUACCGCGUCGACCUCAAGACCCCUCUGAGCACCGGCAAGACGGUAACCAUCACCCUGGAGACCAUCCACAGCCACCUGCUGGAGCCGUUCCCCAAGGAGAUCUCCCAGAAGGAGAAGCAGCUCAUCAAGUACACUGGCAGCCACUACAUCUUCAGCCCGUACCUUGUCGUCAAGCAGAAGACAACAGUCAACCUGAGCGCACGCAAUGUGGAGAGCUACACCAAGCUGAAGCCCGUCAGCCAGGCUGACCAGUCCCUCAACUACGGCCCAUAUGAAAACAUCCCAGCCUUCAGCCAUGAUGCUAUGGUCAUUCAUUGCGAGAACAACACCCCAUUCCUUACAGUCCGCAACUUGCAGCGAGCAAUUGAAGUGUCUCACUGGGGUAACAUUGCCAUUGAAGAGACCGUCGAUUUGGAGCACACUGGAGCCAUUUUGAAAGGCUCAUUCUCCCGCUUCGAGUUCCAACGAGAGAGUGGCAGUGGAUUGUCAAGUGUCAAAAGCUUCAAGACCAUUCUCCCCGCAUCUGCCACUGAUGCUUACUACCGGGAUGAUAUUGGAAACAUUUCUACCUCCAACAUGAGAGUCAUGAGUGAUGCUGUUGAGUUAAAUUUACGUCCCAGGUUCCCUCUCUUUGGAGGAUGGAAAACUCACUAUGUUAUUGGCUACAAUGUGCCUAGCUACGAGUACUUGUACAACUCUGGUGACAAUUAUAUCCUUAAGAUUCGUUUUAUUGAUCACAUCUUUGAUGAUAUGAUUGUAGAUGAUGCUGUUACCAGAAUUAUUCUUCCUGAGGGUUGCACAAACAUUAAGCUUAAGGCUCCAUACGCCAUCAAUCGUCUUCCUGAUACUCUUCAUUUUACUUACCUGGACACCAAGGGCCGCCCUGUUGUUGUUCUGCACAAAACCAACCUCAUUGAGCAUCACAUCCAGGAUGUGGAGAUUAGCUACACUUUCCCACGGCUGUUGAUGUUGCAAGAACCUCUUCUUUUGAUAAUUGCCCUGUUCCUCCUAUUUGUUCUUGUCAUCAUCUACGUCCGCCUGGAUUUCUCUAUCAACAAGGACGAAGCCAGUGAAAACAGACUUCGCAUUGCUGGUCUGGUGGACAAGGUUCUGAGCCACCAACUUAAGAGGAUGACUGCCUAUGAUGCUUAUGACGACCAACUGAACAAGCUCAGGCAAAUUAAAGAUCUAAACAGCUUUAAUUCAUCAUUAAAAUCUGUUACAAGUGACCUAAAAGCUGAGACUCAAGCUAUUGCUGAUCACCAAACAAAGUUGAAAUCUGAUGGUCCUGAACUUGCUGAAAAAGUUUCUGAGCUUCAGAAAUUAGACAAGGCAUUAAAGGAGGUUUUGGCACAGCAGCAGGCUUUGUAUGUAGAGAAACUUGUUCCAGGCAAAAUCAAUCGAACAGCUUUCCUGGAAGUUGAUGGGCCAUUGGUGAAGAAGAAGUCUGACAUUAGGGAAAAGAUCUCAGUUGUUGUUAAAAGCCUUCAACACUAAUUAUGCAAAGACUGAGUAUUUAAUUUGAGUCUAAGGUCUGCUUUUGAGGUCCCUCUGUAAUAGUUCUCCUGAUGUCUAGCAUUUAAUGAUAGAUCAAGAACAAUUUAUUGUGAUACUAUGUGUGUUGUGUGACACACAGAAGCAAUUGUCAUGUUUGGAAAGGAGUUGUAUUAAAUAUUAGUCAAUGUUUUGCAUUCCUUUCUUAUGUAUAAUAACACGCUCUAUGUAAAGUUUUUCUACCUGUUAAAUUUGCAUGUAUUCAGGCCUGAUUAUAUGCUUAAGUUCUAGAAAGCCAUCUGCCUUGUCACCAGCUAUCUUUUCCCAAUUAGUAUUUUCCAGAUGAGAAACUUUAGCUUUGUAGUCUCAUGGUGUCUAAACUAAAAAUCUUCUUUUGGUGACAAGGUUAGUUGGGUAAGCUUUACUAGGUAUGAAACUGUAACACUUAGUCUCACCUAAUCACGCAAAUUGCAAUUUUUUACACAGAGUUUGGGAUGCUCUUUUUUUCUUUUUACAAAUGACCAGUGCGGUUUGAUUGUGAGAUGCCUCAUAGAGUUGUAAGAACUUACAUAUUCAUUGCUUGUAAUUUUGAAAUCUUGCACUGAACGGACUGUAACUUUAUUACCAUCUUGGCUUUUUAAAAAUGUGAUUAUGGAAAUGAGCAUCACAGGUGCAAUUGUGUACUGUGUAUUCUUGCACUAAACCUUACAAGCAAAUUCCUUUAAUAAUACCAACUUAUUGUGACUGAAUUUAUGAAUCUUGAUAAUCUUGAAACAAGUACCCAACAAGUUUUUUCAAGUCACCUCUCUUAAUUAUAAGCGCUUAGAAUUUCAAUUCUUAAAAAAUGAGCCAGUUUCACUAAGUUUUCUUCUGAAUGAACAAGGGUCACUAUUCUUUUGACUAGAGAGCAAAUAUUCUACAAACUAGCCCGGCAUUACAGUUAUGACCAUGUGUUACUAAAUGUGUAUUGCUGAUUUGACGUUGAAUAAAUAGUACAACCAUUUUA